ACUACAAGUAUUUUGGUGGUUUUGCAUAGUACGUGACUAAGUGUAGGUACCCUACCCACUCGUGCAAAAAAAAUGAUGCAAAAAUUAUCGCUUAAAUACUGAUGCAUGAUGAAAUGAAAUUCAUAACGUCUCAGUUCGUUUCAAUCGGGCAUCGUUUCGGUUCGUUUUUCGACAAAUAAGAGUACUUUUUUCCUUCAACGACAACUUUGAACUACAAAAAUUGUUCGAUUUUUGAAAAAAUUUCAGUUUCAAAGUUUUGAAUUAAAAUAAUUGAAAAAAAAAAUGAAAUUCUUUCAAAUUUUAAUCGCGUCGUUAUUCGUACCAAGUAUUUUGGCUUUGGAUAAAACUUGGUGGAAACACGCCUGUAUUUACGAAAUAUAUUUGAAAUCAUUCAAAGACAGCGAUGGUGAUGGAAUAGGAGACCUCAAAGGACUGAUUUCCAAGCUUAAUUAUCUAGCGGACAUUGGAAUUGAUACUAUUUACAUGCCACCUUUUUUUCCAUCUUCUAAGGCUGAUGGCGGAUAUGAUAUUACCGAUUUCAAAGGAAUUGACCCCAUUUUCGGGACGAUGGAAGACUUCGAACAAUUGAUGAAGGAAAUGAAAUCACGAGGUUUAUAUUUCUUAAUAGACUUGGUGAUCAAUCACAGCAGCGAUGAACACGAAUGGUUUCAGAAAUCAAUCGAUAGGAUUGAUCCAUACACAGAUUACUAUGUCUGGGCUGAUCCAAAAGGCUACGACUCGAAUAAAAAACCUAUUCCACCAAAUAAUUGGUUCAGUAUAUUCCAUUUACAUGAAAGUGGAAGUGCGUGGACUUGGAACGACAAAAGGAAACAAUUCUAUCUGCGACAUUUCACAGAAAAGCAACCUGAUUUGAAUUUGAGAAAUAAUGCAGUUAAAGCUGAAGUAAAAGACAUAAUCAAGUUUUGGUUGGAAAAGGGAGUAACUGGAUUCAGAGUUGAUGCACCGAUGCUACUUUUAGAGGACGAGCACCUUCAAGAUCACCCACCAUUAAAACCCGAACACACGCUAGAAACAAUAUUCGCUAUUGAUGAUUACAAGACCCAUGUCCACCAUCCGGAUACAUUCAAAUUUAUCAACGAAUUACACCAAUUUGUUGCGCAGUAUGAUAAAAAGUCAAGAAAAUCAACUCAAACUGCUUUAAUUGGAGAAACAUUCGGAUCAGCUCCAAAACUCAUGAAAUAUUACGGAACAAGACGGUUCCCAGUGUUUGAUUUACCAUUCAAUACUCUGUUGACAUGUUUGAAGACAUAUUUGGAUGCUCACCAGCUUCAUGAUUUCCUUCGCACGUGGUUGGAUCAAGUACCAAAAGGCCUUCCAUCAAAUUGGGCUCUGGGUAAUCACGAUAAUGGCAGACUUGCGCGUGCUUUUGACGUAGAAUACAACUCUAUUCUAUUAGCACUAGUUGCCAUGCUACCUGGAAUAGGCUCCGUGUAUUAUGGAGAAGAACUGAGCAUCGGGGCAAAUAAUCUGGUUCAGAUGGAUGAUGCUUAUAACAGAUUUACUCAUCGCUCACCGAUGCAUUGGGACGAUUCGAGAAAUGCUGGAUUCACUUCAGCUGAGAAACCUUGGCUACCAGUUCAUCCAAAUUACUGGCAAUUCAACGUUGAAACUCAAAUGGCUCAUGAAAACAGCAGUUUGCAUUACUUCAAGGACUUAAUGUCGUUUAGGAAAACCGACACGUUUAAAUAUGGCGAUUUGAAGUUUCACAUUGUCUCAAAAUGGAUUCUAGCUUUCUCCAGAACUCAUAAACGAACUAGAUAUAUAACAAUAAUGAAUUUAGGAGCGGAGACUGAGCCUAUAGAUUUGUACGCCAAUCUGGACAAUGUUCCACCGACCAUGACUGUGGCAGCUUCGGGUCCGAAUUCCGGGUAUAAGAAAGGUUCUAUCAUCAAAACGACACCUAAUUAUCCAACUUUGUCUGUUCUUCGACCUCAUUCUGCACUUAUACUCGAGUCAAUAAUACAAUGAGCUAUACCUUAUUGGAGGAAAUGCAUUAAAAAGCGGGGAAAUGGAAAUUGUAUUUUUAAAAAGUUGAGAAUGUAUCAUGAAACGUACCAAAA